UUGCUACGCGAACCGUCCGGGUCGGGUCGAUCCGGGUCCGCCGCGAGUGUGUGUUUUUGCGCGCUUGACCAGACCAUGUUCAAGGCUUUCUCUGCUGCUACCGUCGUCAUCGUCAACGCCAUCAGUUUGCAGGAAGAGUGAAUUUGACUCGCCAGCGCCACUGCAUCAGUUGGCACUACAAAGCAGUGCAGUGCAUUGAAAUUUCUCUGCGCGCGGGCUGCUACGAUUGGUCGGUCGCUAGCUGCACAACGCGCCAUACGGUCCGGUCGGUAUUUAUCUGCAUUCCCACUAGUCUACUAGUCUGGGGCGGUAGAUGUAGGAUGUAGUGUGCCGUGCGCGAUUCGCGAAUAUAGUGGAUAGUCGUUAGUUUACCUGAGAAUAACGGUUCGAUCGCGAUUGAUUCGAUAAUCUAAAGGCAUAGUGGUUGCUUAGCCGGUGGUUUCACUUGAUGUGUGACACAUCUAGGAGUCAUCACAGAAGAAUCUCAACUCAUCCUGGUUGGCCGAAGUACGAAAAGUUCAGUGUCCAGUAGUGUUGCAGCAGCAGGAAUUAUCAUGAGUGUUAUUGAUUUUAUGUUCAGCGGGGCAGGCGCCGUAAACGUCAUAAUAGAAGCACGCGGAGUUCAUCGGACCGACAGAUCGGGGGCGAAUCGACAGUGGUCGCACUAUUUAGGGAGGUGUUCCAAGGUAGCGAGUGGUUCGAGAAAGUUGGCAAAUCAUCCUCCUACCACUGUUCAAGAUGAUUCGCCGCCUCUUCAGUACCCUCAUCACCGACUACCCACCCGUGGGUGAGUUCCUUCCGGCCGCUUCCACCAAUCCAUCACAAUCCGCCCAGAACGGAUCGGCCAACAACGGUGGCGUCACAACCUUCCGCUCGCCGCAUCUGGAAUCGCUCAACUGGCUACACACCGUAUCGCCCUGCUUCCCCGUUUCGGGCGAUCGCAUCGAAAUCAUCUACGAGCCAUCCGCCUUCUACAACACCCUGGUGUCCAAAUGUUCCGUAGCCAAGCGGAGGAUUAUGCUGGCCAGCUUAUACCUGGGCAUCGGCAGCAAAGAGACCCAGCUGGUGAACGCCAUCCACGACAACAUGAAGCAGAACCUGCAGCUGAAGGUGGACGUCCUGCUGGAUUUCACUCGAGGAACUCGAGGCGAGAAGAACUCCCAAACCACGCUGAUGCCGCUGCUGCGAGAGAGCGAUAACUUCCGACUUUCCCUAUACCACACUCCGGUGCUCCGAGGGCUCACCAAAAAGCUGGCGCCUCCCCGGUGGAACGAACUGCUCGGAAUACAGCACAUGAAGCUGUACCUGGUGGACGACACGGUGAUCAUCAGUGGAGCGAAUCUGUCGAACGACUACUUCACCAACCGACAGGACCGGUACGUCAUGAUCGAGGACGCCAAGCUGGCGGAUUUCUACGCUGAUUUCCUGAACAAAGUGCAGGAGUUCAGCUUGAAGGUGAACCGGAACGGUGAAGCGUGUCUGCACGAGAACUGGAACAUGCUGCCGUAUAAGAGUGCCCAGGUGGAUUUCGCAGGCGAAGCACGCGAGCGCAUACGUAGCUACUUCAAAGGGGUGCUGGAACGGCAAAGGAGUGUCUGCGAGGAGGAUACAGUCUCAGACACCUGGAUCUUCCCGCUGAUUGAGAUGGGACAACUGGGAAUCCAUCACGACAGCCUUGCCACCAAACACCUUCUCUCCGGAUGCUUGAAGGAUUCGAAACUCAAACUGGCGACCGGCUACUUCAAUCUCACAGAGACCUACAUGGACACGCUUACCAAAGAUUGUCAGGCGGAGUGCAACAUUUUGAUGGCGCAUCCGAAUGCGAACGGUUUCCUUGGCGCCAAAGGCCCGGCCGGCGGAAUCCCGGCAGCUUACUCCCUGAUCGCACGUAAGUUCUACGAAAAGCUAAAACAAUCCGGCCAGGACCAUCGGGUGUCGCUGUUCGAGUACGAACGGCCCGGCUGGACGUACCACGCCAAGGGUCUGUGGUACUACCUGCCCGAUUCCUCACUACCGAACGUCACCCUGAUCGGAUCGUCCAACUUCGGGGAACGGUCGGUCAACCGCGAUCUGGAGGCGCAGAUCUGCGUCGUAACGACCAACGGUGGCCUGCAGCGGAAACUGCAGUCCGAGUUUGAGAACAUCCUGCAACAUUCGACGACGGCGGAAGCGGAACUGACGGCACGACCGGUGCCACGGUGGGUCCGGGCCGUUGUCGGACUAUUUAGGAACUUUUUCUAAGGCCACAUUCGUGGAAGUUGAUGCCAUGUCUUCUGCUUUGCUAGCAUGUAGGGUGCCAGCGAAAAUACUAAAGGGAUCGACAACGGUCUUGAAUUUUCGGUAAAAAUAUGACGUGGAAUUCGGGAAAGCUAUCAAAGUCUGAAUUAAUCAUUUAACAAUUGACUAUAUCAAAGUUUUAACGGUAUUGAAUUAAUUUUACCGGAUUUUGUUUCUACCGAAAACACAACACCGAUGUCGGUAAUUUGCGAGUGUUUGAGAGUGGAGAAUUCUCAUAUUAUUAGUCGAUAAUAACCAAGUUAAACCAUCGGAAUGCGCCGCAUACGUCACCAAAUUUAGCCAACUAAAAAGGUAAGAGUUAAUUUGUUGACUUCCUACUUAAUUUAUUUUAACUUGCGAGCCAGGCAAACAAACUACAUACAAGUGUUGAACGCUUUUUUUAAAGAAAUUCAAAGAUUCCUGAUUAUAAAAUACCGAUACCAUGUUGAACUUAUGAACAAAGGGUUUAAUUGUUCUCGAAAAGCA